AUUUUAGCGGAGGUUGACGCGACGAAAGGCCGCAAGGGGCGCCAAGAAUCCGGCCCAUGCAGCCAAUGCACGGCGAGGGCGCAGUUCGGUUCAGACUGUCAACGCGGGCGUAGCAAUACGGCGCUCGCACGGGCUGACUGCUUCACAUUGCGCAUGUUUCUGUGACCCGACAUUGACGCCUGCAGUCGAGCUUACAAUUAAUACUGCAUAGCCGGGCCUUGGCGCUCUCUAGGCCUUGCCUCAACUGACACACCAGCUGGUUAGCAUAGUGGAAUGGAGCCGAGCUCGGUUGCAGUCGCUUGAGCGUGGUCUUCCAGUGCUUGGCCAAAAUGUCGGCCGCUCCGCAUGUCGAGGGCGAUGAGGAGAUGCAUGAGAAUGACGCGCUAGAGGCGCUGGGCGCAUUGGCAAGCGUGGCGGUGGCCAGCCGGGAAGCUCACCUCCGCGAGGGCGGGGCGACCCAAGGUCCGGCACACAUUGUCGCUAUCGACGCCAGCCGCAUCCGGUCCGCACCGCGGUCUGAGAUUCAGAAAUGGGUGCAGUGCCAGAAGUGCUCAAAGUGGCGCAAGGUGCCAUUUCACCUUAAGGACGAUGAUAUACCCGAGGACUGGCACUGCGCACAAAACAUAUGGGACCCUCGGCAUUCGUCGUGCGGCGCGCCGCAAGCGCUGUCGAGCGAAGAGGUUGAGGAGGUCCUCGCGCAGCAGCAUCACGAGCUGCUCCAGCAGCAACACCAACACGACGCACAAUACGAGGAGGCUGCCGCGCCCGAGCCCGCGUACGAUGAGCCCGGAUAUGACGAGGCGGACUGGGAUGAGGACUACGACGAUGACGACAUGGGUGAUGACGACGACGACGGCCGCCGCCGCAAGUUCGGCCGCGGCAAGCUCAAGCGCGCUGGCUCGGAUGCCCUGCCGGGCAUGCCCAGCCCCGGCCGCCGCGGUGGCCGUGGCGGCCGCGUGGGCGGGCGCGGCGGCCGCGGCCUGGCGCCGCGCGGCGGGCGCGGCAGCCGCGGUGGGCGUGGCGCCAGCCGCGGCGGCCGCGGUGGGCGUGGCAGUGCCGCCGCCAUGGCUCGCAGCCGCUCCGGCGGCCGCGCCUUUGGGCGCGGCGUGCGCGGCAUGAGCGAAGCGGCUGAAGCUCUGCUGGGCAUGGGCGGAGCCGACGACAUGUACGGCGACGGCGACGGCAUGGGCGGCGGCGGCGGCGGGGGCGGCAUGAUGAUGGUGGACCCCAUGACGGGCGUGGAGACGGCGGUGGUGCUGCAGCGGCCCGAGUUUCCCUACCCGCGCGACACGCUGCGCCCCGGGCGGGUGGUGUGGGCCAAGGUGGAGGGGCACGACUGGUGGCCCGCCAAGAUCGUGCGCCGCCGCGCCGUGCCGCGCGAGGUGGGUCCCCCGCCCGGUGGCCACGCCAGCGUGCUGCUGUACAUCCCUGUGGUGUUCUUCACCACCAAGGGCAUCCCAGGCGAGGUGGAGGAGCGCCUGGACACGGCGGCCGGCAUCGUGGCGGCCAGCAUGCGCGCGCUGGGCAUGGCAGGCGCGGGUGGCGAGGAGGAGCCGGCGCCCGAGGACGAGGAGGCCGAGUACGCCUGGCUGCCGCUGGACUGCAUCAAGCCCUUCAAGGUGGGCGACGUCAGCGGCAACGGCGGCGACGCCACCGCGCCCAUCGACGCCAACCUCAAAACCUCCAUCGCCCACGCCGAGGCGGCCAUGCGCACCGCGGACGGCGGCGGCGUCGCCGCCGCCGCUGCAGCUGCCGGCGGCGGCGCCGCUGGCCUUGACGGCAUCGUGCCCAAGCUGGAGACGGAUGAGGAGCUGCUGGGCAACGGGUCGCGGGGCCUGGGCGGGGAGGAUGACUUCCAGUCCGACUCGGACGGCGGCUGGGGAGCGCCCGUCACCUUCCAGGCGGCGGCGGCGGUGCGCGGCUUCCGUGGGCGCGGUCGGGGCCGUGGGCGGGGCGGCCGCCGCGGCCGCGGCGGGCGGCGUGGGCGCGGCCGGCGCGGCAUCAUGGCCAGGGGCAGCGACGAGGAGGAUGAGAUGAUGGACGACCUGGACGCCGGCCUCAUGGGGCCGCCUGGGGCCGCUGGCGUGGGGCCGGGCGGGCUGAUGGACCCCUACGGCCUGGCGGGCGGCGCCGGCGGCGCAGGCGGGCUGGCGGCGCCCGCCGCGCCCAAGUCCAUCGUGGAGGCCAUCUACGGCUGGCGAUACCCGCUGAGCGAGGAGCAGAAGACGCAGGAGCGCGACCGGCAGCGGCAGCUGGAGCAGGAGCGGCACCGCAUCCUGGACCGCCUGCGCAAGGCCGGAGGCAACAACGCCGAGGCAGUGGCGGAGGCGGUGGCGGAGGCCGCAGCCGUGGCCGCCUCGGCGGCGGCCGCCAGCAAGGCCGCGGCGGCGGCGGCUGCCGCCGCGGGCGGCGCUGCCGGCCGCGACCGCGCCGCCACUGACGAGGCGGACGCCGCCGCCGCGCUGCUGGGGUUUGGUGGCGACGACGCCGAGGCGGCGGCGGCGGCGGCGGGCCCAGGCGCGCCCAUUGUGGGCCUGGACGGCGCUAGCGUCGCUGCGGGCCUGGACCCUGCGGCGGCCGCUGCGCUGGACCGGGAGCCGGAGUACCUGGUGAAGUGGGCGCACCGCAGCCACAUCCACAACGAGUGGAUCAAGGAGAGUGUGCUGAUGGGCCUGGCGCGGCGCAAGCUGCUCAACUUCAAGAAGCGCAACGGCGACAAGCCCUGCAACAGCGUGGACGAGCGCUGGACCAAGCCGGAGCGGUUCGUGUCGCGGCGGCCGUCGCCCACCGGGCCGGGCUGGGAGGUGCUCAUCAAGUGGACGGCGCUGGGCUAUGAGCAGGCCACCUGGGAGGCCGAGGGCACCAAGCUGCUGCUGCAGCCCGAGUACGUGGCGCUGCACACCGCCAUGUGGGCGCGCUGCAAGCGGGCGCUGUGGAAGGCGUCCCGCGCCGCGUCCGAUGCCGCCGCCGAGGCGCGCGCCGCCGCCACCGCCCUUGCCGAGUACGACGAGCAGCCCAGCUGGGUGACCGGCGGCGAGCUGCAGCCCCACCAGCUGGCGGCCGUGAACUGGCUGCGGCGCAUGUGGGCGGCGGGCAAGCACGCCAUCCUGGCGGACGACAUGGGGCUGGGCAAGACAGCCACCGUCAUCACCUUCCUGCAGAGCCUUAUUCACGAGUUCAAGGUGACGGGGCCGCUGCUGGUGGUGGUGCCGCAAUCCAUGCUGGAGUUCUGGGAGGGCGACUGGCAGUUCUGGGCCGCAGCCCCCGCCGGCCCCGACCCCGCAGCCCAGCCCCACGGCAGCAGGGACGCCUCCGCGGCCGCCGCCGCCUCCGCUGCCGCCGCCGCCGCCGGCAUCAACAUGGUGCUGUACACGGGCAACAGCGCGGCGCGGGCGCUGGUGGCGGAUCAGGAGCUGUGGCUGGCGCCGGCCUCGCUGGACCGCAAGGGCAGCGUGGGCCGCGGCCGGGAGGACUGCCCCAGCAAGGUGGCCAAGGCGGAUGUGGUGAUUGCGGGCUACGAGAGCGUCAUGAACGACCUGCAGGCGCUCAAGGUGCUGCCGUGGGAGGCCAUCGUGGUGGACCUGCGCCAGCGCGGCCGCGGCGUCACCGGCCGCGCCAGCGGCGCCCUCUCCGAGCUGGGCGGCCGCCACCGCGUGCUGCUCAUGGGCUCCAACCCCGCGGCCGCGCCCGCGGACGAGGUGGUGGGCUUCGCGCAGCUCAUCCGCCCCGACCUGCAGCCCUACGACCCAGACGACUACGCGCCCGCGCCGCCCACCGAGCCGCAGCGCGCGCGGCUGGCGGAGGCGCUGGAGUCGCGCUGCUGCCGCCGCAUCGGGCGCGACGUGGUGCGCAACGUGACGGCGCGGCGCGAGGUGCAGAUUCCUGUGGACCUGGCUGAGGCUCAGGCUGAGGCCUACCGGGCGCUGCUGGUGCGCAGCUACGAGGUGCUGGCCGACCCGCGCCCGCCCCGACACGGCGGCCACAGGGCGGCGCUGCUCAAACAGAUCUGCAACGAGCUGCGCAAGGUGUGCCACCACCCGCACCUCAUCGACGACGUGAAGGCGGAGCUGGCGCAGCAGGCGAGCGCGGAGCCCGCAGCCGGCGACGCCGCCGCCGCCGCCCCGGCCUCCGCCGACGCGCAGGCGGACGCCGCAAACGCCUCUUCCGCUUCUGCAGCUGGCGGCGACGCGGCUGCCGCCGCCGCUGCUGCUGCUGGUGCGCCUGCGGCGCCUGGCGUGGGGCUGGCGGCGCUGCUGGGCGCCUCCAACAAGCUGGUGGUGCUGGACCGCAUGCUGCGCCAGCUGGCGGCCAGGGGCCAGCGCGUCAUUGUGCUGUCGCAGUCGGCCAAGACCCUGGACGUGCUGGAGCAGUACGCCAGCCGCGCCUUUGGCCCCGGCGCCGCCGUGCGCAUCGACUCCUCCACGCCCUCCGCCGCCCGUCACGCCACCAUCGCCGCCUUCAACGCGGCGGUGUCGCGCGCCGACGCCGCCAACGGCCCUGCCGCCGACGCCGCGCCCUUCCUGGUGCUCAUGACCACUCGCUCCUUCGGGCUGGGCACCAACCUGCCGGCCGUCAGCGCCGCCGUCAUCUUUGACAGCGACUGGCACCCGCGCCUGGACAUGCAGGCCCUGCGGCGCGCCUACCGCCUGGGCGAGUCGGGCCGCCUGGCCGUGUACCGCCUGUAUGCGCGCGGCACGGUGGAGGAGCGGCUGCUGACGCUGGCGGAGCGCCGCCAUGCCGGCCGCGGCCUGGAGGUGGUGUUCCAGGGGCCGGGGGCCGGCACCGGCGGCGUGGGGCGAGGCAGCGGCGCCAAGGUGCUGGAGGAGGCGCUCAAGUGGGGCGCCGCGCACCUGUUCCGCGGGGGGACCGCGGGCGGCGCAGACGCCGACAUGAUGGAGGCGGCGGACGCCGCGGGCGGCGGCAGGCGGCGGCAGGAGCGCGGCACCUACAGCGAGGAGCAGGUUCGCGCCAUCCUGGACGUCGGCCACGCCGCCUGCUGCGCCGACCCCGCCGCCGCGGCCGCCGACCCGGCAGCGGCGGCGCUGGCCGCCGCCGCGGACGCGGCGGCCGCCGACGGCGGCGCCGCAGGCGCCGCCAGCCCAGGCGGCGGAGCCGCCGGGCCCGGCCCGGGCGUGUCUCUGGGCCCGGGCUUGGAGCUUGUGACGCUGCGCAGCUGGGGGGAUGUGGACAAGCGGGUGGAGGACGACGUUCCCUCGCCCAGCGACGAGGCCGAGGACGAUUUGCUGGCCGAUGAGAAGGCCGACGACGUGGACGGCGCCGGCGACGACGACGCGCACGCGGACGGCUACGGCGACGGCGCGUCGGCGUUUGCCGGCGCGGCGGGGGGCGGCGCGGGCACGCCGGGCGGCAGCAUGGCCAACGCGGCGUUCUGGGGCGGGCUGCUGCGGGAGCGGUACGAGUCGCAGCGCAAGGAGGAGGAGGCGGCGCACGAGCUGGACGCGGCGCAGGGCGGCGGCGGGGGGCGGCGCGGCGGCGGCGGCGGCGCCGACCUGGACCGCGACGACCUGUUGCUUGCGGACGAGCCGGGCGACCUGGGCGGCGACCUUGACGACGAGGCGGACGACGAGACCUACAAGCCCAGCCGGGGCCCGGGGUCCAUGAGCCUGGCGCCGCAGGACAGCUACGACGAGGGCGGCGGCGGGGGCGGCGCGGGAGGCGGCGGAGGCGGAGGCAGGGGCCGCGGCCGCGGCCGGCGCGGGCGCGGCGGGUUCGGUGUGGGGCGCGGCGGGCGCGGGAGAGGGCGCGGCCGCAACCGGGUGGACCAUGACGCGGACGACGGCGGCUACGGCGCCGCCGGGGACCGCGCCGGCGGCGCCGCCGGCAACUACAUGGCCAUGGACGACCGGCCCUUCAAGCGGCGGCGGCGCGGCCCGGGCGCCGGCGGCAGCGUCAGCGCCGACGACGGCGGCGGCGCAGCCGCCGGCGGCGGCGCCGGCGGCGCCGUGGGCAGCGACGCCACGGCGCCGGCGCGGGUGCGUGAGGUUCUGCUGCGCGAGGUGGGGCGCAUGGAGGCCGUGAAGCGGGCCAUUGGCGACGCCGCCAGCCCCGAGUACGCGGUGGCGCAGCGCAGCUACGCGCGGCUGAAGGAGGUGGCGGCGGAGCUGGAGCUGCCGCCCGGCGGCGCGGCGGCGGCGGAGGCGGCGGCGGCCAUCAGCGACAUGGCCUGCCAGGUGGCCGACAUCCUGGUCAUGAUGCGGCAGGAGGACGAGCCGCCCUCCGACUUCCAGGACUACACGCUGGUGGCCAUCAUCGCAGUGGCGGCGCACCUGGUCAAGGUGGGCAUGGGUGAGGACUACGGCCUCAGGCGGCUGGGCGAGCGCUACGGACACGACCUGUCGGCGCUGGACCAGGUGUUCUGGCACAUCCUGACUCGCCUCAGCUACUACCGCGAGCUGCACGUCAAGAGCAGCACCCACCUGGCCACCGACAUCACCCUCACAGCAGACGAGUACGCGGCGCUCAUGUCCGCAACAGGCGGCGCAGGCGGCGCAGCCGUCGCCGCGCGCAUCGGCGCCGCCGCAGGCGGCGCCAGCGCCGGCGGAGCCGGCGCGGGCGCGGGCGCGCGCGGCACGGAGGGCGGCGGCGGGGCGGCGGGCGGCGCGGGCGCGCCUGCUGCUGCUGCUGCGGCGGCGGCGGCGGCUGCGACGCAGGUGGUGAGCGAGGUGGAUUCGUUCUCGUCGCGCCUCAGCGCCAUCCUGCAGUCGGACGUCACCAACCAGCUGGUGUACGCGCAGGUGGCGGCUGAGAACAUCCCGCUGGGGCCGCUGGGCACCCUGAUGCCGCUGCUGCAGAUGGCGGGCGUGCUGAACGACCCCAACAUGAAGACGGUGCUCAAGAGCACGCGCGAGUGCCAGGAGAACCUGGUGGUGCUGGACCGCACACACAGCAUCAAGGUCCAGCAGAUCCAGAAGGAGUACCAGGACUUCAUGGAGAAGGUGCGCGCCAAGGCGCAGACCGCCAUCGACACCGCCAACCGCGACUACCAGAACGCCAAGGCCGUGCUCACGCAGCGCAUGAACCUGUACAUCGAGUACCUGCAGAGCCAGGUGCCGCUGCAGCGGCUGGGCGAGGUGGCGCAGGCGCUGCAGCGCUCGGCGCAGCAGGCCCAGGCCACGUCCGCGCAGCAGCAGCAGGCCGCCGCGGCCGUGGCGGCGGUGGCAGCCGCCGCGGCGGGCGCCAGCGCGGGCGGCCACGCGGCGGCGGCCAGCCAGCACGCCGCGCUGGCGGCGGCGGCGGCCGCCGCAGCGGGCCUGACGCCGGAGAUGCAGGCGGCGGCGGAGAAGGCUUUGUCGUCGACGGCGGGCGCGUCGCCUGUGGGCGUGGACCCGACCACGGCUCUGGCGGCAAUUGCGGCGGCCAUGCAGGGCGCGGCGGCGGCGGGCAACGGCACCGCCACCACCGCGGCCGCGGCGGCGGCGGGGCUGCUCGGCCUGGGGCCGCUGGGCGCGCUCGACGUGAGCAGCACCUCAGCGGCGGGGGCGGGAGCGGGAGGGGCGGCGGCAGGGGCGGCGGCGGGUGCGCAGGCCGCGGGCGGUGACGCGGUGAUGACGGACGCCAACCCCUCGGCCGCCGCCGCCGCCAGCCAGUCCCCGGCGCACGGCGCAGGCCAGCACCCGGCCGCGUCGGGCGCUGGGGCUGGGCAACAGCAGGCCGCAGGCACCACCAGCCCCACCGGCGGCGCGGCAGCGCCGCCGGCCUCGGCCGCCGCUGCCGCCUCCGCGGCGGCGGCGGCGCACGCCGCUGACACGCGCGCCGCCGCCGCCGCCCUGGCGGCGGCCAUUGCCGCCAGCCCGCUGGCGACGCUGGAGCAGCUGCUGACGGCGCUGGCGACCAAGCAGCUGGCCAUGGAGCAGAUCCCCGAGCCCUACCGCUCGCAGCUGCUGACGCUGACGGGCGGGCGGCCCAUCGUGCCCUACCUGGAGCAGCUGGUGGCGGCGGGCCAGGCCAGCACCAUCCCCGCCCUGGCUGCGGCGCUGGCGGCCAACACCGCCGUCACCGGCACCGCGGCGGCGGCGGCCGGGUACCGCGGCUCGGCGCCGGGCACGGCGCCAGCGGCCGCUGCCGCGGCCGCCCCUGCAGGUCCGGCCGCUGCGGCUGCAGCACCGGCUGCGCCGGCAGCGGCGGCGCCGGCUGCGGCCCCCACCGCCGCCGUGACGGCGCCGACGUCCAACGGCCCGCACGCGGCGACGCCGGCGCACCCGCCGACAGCCUCUGCCCCUGCGCCCGCGGCGGCAGCCGCUGCCGUCGCCGGCAAGUCGGGCUCACCAACAGCCCCCGGCCAGCACGCAGCAGCACACCCAGUGGCGGCGGCGGCGGCAAACGCCGCCGCAUCGGGCCUCCCGUCAGGGGCCAUGCUGGUGCAGUCACAGCCCGUGGCCCGCCGCUCCCUCAGUGGCGGCAGCGCCAAGGCACCGGCCGCUGCCGGUGGCGCUCCGUCCGUGUCAUCUGCACCCGGUGCCACCUCGGCCGCCGCCGCCAAGCACCCGCACCCACACCCGCACCCGCAGCACCCCGCCGUCACACCCCAGCCCGCGGCGCACGCCGCUCCCGCUGCCGACGCGUCCGCGGCGGCCGCCGCGCACCCGGCUGCAGGGCCCACGCCCGCUGGCGCCGCGGCUGGCGCCGCGCCCGCCGCCUCCCCCGCAUCCGCGGCCGCCCAGGCCACCGGCGCAGCCGGCACUGCUGCUGCCGCCGCCGCCGCGCCCUCCGGCUCCUACCCCGCCGGCGUGCCUGUGUCCACUGCUUCGUCCUACCAGCACCUAAUGGUCCAGCAGUCGCACGUGAUGCAGCGCGCCAGCGGGCCGCCGCCGCCCGGCAUGCCCGGCGUGCCCCGCCAGGCGUCCAUGCCCACGCCCACCCAGCCGGGCUCGGGGCACAGCGCCGGCGGCGGCGGCGGCGGCCACGGCAGCUCGCCGCACCCGCAGCACGCGCCGCCGGCGGGCGCCGCCAUGGCGCCGGCUGCCACCGGCGGGUCCGGGGCGUCACACGCCGACGCGCACCUGCACGCGGCGCAGCAGGGGCAGCUGCAGCAGCAGCCGUCGGGCGCAGGCGCGGGCGCCGCACUUGCGGGCGCGCGCAGUGCCUCGCCGCCUGCGCCGGACCACACCGCAGCACCGCAGCAGCACCGCAGCGUCUCGCCGCCGGCGGCGGGCGCUGACCCCGCGGCAGCGGCUGCGCAGCAGCAGCACGCGGCGGCGGUCGCGGCGGCUGCGGCGGCGGCCGCUGCGGCGGCUGUGAAGGCUGGCAGCCGCAGUACAAGCCCUGUGCCUGCUGGGCAUGCGCCGACUGCGGCGCCGAGCGCAGCCGCCGCCGCGGCCCAGCACCACCACCACCACCACCCGUACGCCCGCGCGUCCUCACCGGUAGCGGCCCACCUGGCAGCCCCGGCCGUGCAGCAUCGGGAGCUGGCACCGCAGGCGCAGCACGCACACGCGGCCGCCGCUACGGCGCCCGAGCCGGCGCAGGUUGUGGGGCAUGCGGCGCCGGCUCCCGCGCCCGCACACCCACAGGAGGCGGCUGCGCCGGUGCCGGAGGCGGUGCCCGCGCCCGUCCAUGUGGUGGAGGCGGUGCCGGCCGCUUACGGCGCCACGGACACACACAUGCAGGACGUCCACCCGCACCAUGCCCCUGCUCUCCAUCAAGAGCCCGCAGCCCAUGCAGAGCCGCCGGCGGAGCCGCAGCAGCCGCUCCAGCAGCCCGCCGCAGCAGAGGCGGCACCGGCAGCAGCUCAUGUGGGCGUGGACGCUGCGCAGGCGAUGCCGGUGCUGCAGCCGGAGGCGGCAGUAGGGAUGUCUGCACCGGCGCCGGAGCAAGUUGGGCUGGAGGGACUGGCGGCGCUUCCUGGCGCGGACGCGAUGGCGAUGGCGAUGAUGCAGGCCGCCUAUGAGCAGGCGGCGGCCGCCGCGCAUCAGCAGCAGGCGGCGCUGGAGGCGGCGCAGCAGCAGGUGGCGGCUGCGGAGGCGCACCUGCACAUGCAGCAGCAACAGCAGGACCACGUCGGGCAGGAGCAGGCGGCGGGCGUGGAGGCGGCGGCGGCGGCGGAGCCGCAAGCGACGGCCGCGCACGACGCGGUGGCGCCGUCAAUGCAGCAGCCGGGCGCCGCCGCAGAGGCGGCGGCUGCUCAGCAGCAUGCGGCGGCAGCAACUGAGCCGCCAGCACCGGUGGAGCCCACCGUGGACGCCGAGGCAGCAGCAGCCGCUGCAGCAGCAGCAGCAGCGCUCUACGCGCAGCAACAGCAGCAUGCAUAUGAGCAGGCGGCGGCAGCCGCCGCCGCAGCUGCUGCAGCAGCCGCGGCCUCUGCCGCAGGGACAGCGCCGGCGCAGGACGCAAGCGCUGUGGCACCUGCGCCCGCGCCAGAACAGCAGCAGCACGCGGCGACCGCUGCUCAGCCGGCCACGGAUGAGCAGCAGGCGGCCGCUGCGGCGGCGGCUGCGAUGGACCCUGCGGCGCUAGCCGCUGCUGCGGCGGCCGCGGCGGCGGCUGGGCUGCAGCUGCCCGCGGACAUGCAGGCGGCGGCGGCGAAGGCGCUGGCGGACGCGGCGGCGGCCUCGCAGUCAGCGGCGGCGACGGGCGCGGCCGGCGACGCGGCGGUAGCGGCGGCCGUGGCGCAGAUGGACCCGCAGCAGCUGCAGCAGUACCAGCAGCUGCAGCACGAGUACGAGCAGCAGUACCUGGCGGCGCAGCAGGCGGCGGCGGCGGCGGCCGCCGCCGCGGCGGCAGCCGCCGUCGGCGCGCCGCCGGCAGCGGACUUGGCCGCGGCGGGCGCGGCGCCGGCUGCUGGCGGCACUGCAGCUGACGCCUCAGCAGCGGCGGCGGCGCAGCAGCAGCAGCAGCUGUACCAGCAGCAACAGCAGCAGUACGCGGCGCAGUACGCCGCGGCAAUGGCGGCGGCCGCCGCCAACCCCGCCACUGCGGCCCACCAGGCGGCAGCGGUGCCGUACGGGUAUGACCCGGCGGCGUACGCGGCGGCAGCGGCGGCCGCCGCUGGCCAGGGCUACGGCGCCGCCGCCGGUUACGGCGCACCCGCAGCCAUGAUGGCGGCGCAUCACCCGUACGGCACACAGCCGGCGGCGGCGGCGGCCUACCCGUCGGCGGCGUACGGCGCGGCGGCGGCGGGCGGCGACGCCGCGGCGCUGAUGGCGGCGUACCAGUGGCAGCAGCAGCAGGCGGCCGCGGCGGCGGCGGCGGCUGGCCAGGCGGGUGGCGUGGAUGCAGCGGCUUGGGCCGCGUGGGCGGCGCAGCAGGCGGCGGCGCAACAGGGCCAGCCGCCGGCGGCGCAACCGCCCGCCUGAAGCUGGCAACACAGCGCGUUAUGAGGAGAUGGCAGGAGGCGGCUCGAUGGGUCGGCAUUGAUAGUUAGGGUAUGGGUUACGUGCUUUACUCCGAGGAAUGUUGGAAAUAACUCCAAUGACCGGGCCGCAUGGAACCGGCGUAUGUGAGCAAGCCCGCUACGGCAGUGGUUGUGGCCGACCUCCAAAUGAGCCUCGCUGACGCGGCCGAAGCCGUGGGCUGAGUGGAGUGCCGCACUAGGCAAAUUAGCAAAGUAAGCGCAACUGAAUGCGUGUGGGGUAUGUGGCUGGUUAAUGAUGCGGCGGGCCAAUGUGCCUGCUUGACUUUGGGAUAGCCUGCGCGUUUGUGUGUUACCGUAGUACUGUUGACGCGGCCUGGAGACGUGGGGCGGUGGCCAGUAGCCGGCUGGGGGCGCGAUGCCGUCGUACUGGGGUUGGACGUGACACUGGGCGACUAGCGUGUGUGCAUACGGUAUUCGGCUCUGUGCGUGUGUGUUGUUUGGUACGGCAUCAUCAGUGCAUGCGUGUGGACUGACUUGGGCGCUACUGGUGAUAAGGACAUGAAGGGGCAGACACGGCACGCCCCAUUACUGGCACUCAGCCUGUGGAGCGGUGCACGUGACUUCAAGAGGCAAUGCGCAAACCCCAUUCAAUGCUCUUACACGGCGAGGGAGGCAGUCGGGAGGUGCGCCCCCCCCCCCCCCCCCAAACUGCCAGCGCGCCAUGCAACCCGUUUCCAGCGUUG